AUGCCGGCCGCGAGUCUUCUCAUUGUAAUCGCCGCUUGUCUAGCAGGUCAAAUAACGUGCGCUGAACUUGAUCCUGACUUGAAGAGAUGUCCAGACGAAGAUUUCGAGAACCCGGGAUAUUCGCCGACCUGCACUUACAGCUGCUAUAAUGGGCCACUGACAGAUUUAACAGAAUAUUGGGGUAAUUUUAAAGAUGGUACCGCGUGCAUCACUCUAAGAGAUGACCCUAGAGAGCCCCCACACAUUGGGACUUGCAAAAACGGAACAUGCGUUCAAUAUGAUGGACCGAACAUUCAACAAGUAUGGAGCCAACUUCCUGAGUUGCAAGCCCAGUUUCAUAAUUGCCAACCAGUGUCAACGGACGAUUCUGUGGAAAACUGCCUGUAUGUUUGCCAAUCAGCUGACUUCGGGUAUUCCUACGGAAUUUACAAGGAUCGUACCGAAUGCAAACUAAAAAAAGGCGGGCUCGGCAUCUGCUUGAGUGGAUUUUGCCACGGAAAUAAAUACUUUCCGACAACUGAUAACGAUACCCUGACACUAUUGUAA